AUGGAUUCACCAAUACACAUUGGUGAUUUGACAACACAGUCAAUUCAACAAAAAUUAAUAGAGACCCACAUUAACAACAGUAGCAAUACCAAUAAGAAUAGAAACAACAAGAACAAUAACAACAACAACUGCGCUGUAUCGUCAACAAUUUAUUCAUCAAUAUACUCUGGUGUGAAAACCAUUCAGUUAACAUUGAAACUAGAUUCUGACAAAAGCAACAAUAACAACAACAAGGAUCUCAAAUUAGACAACAAAAGUCAUAAUGAAAUUAUAGUUUUAAGAAGAGUGCAAGAUUCGUUUGUUAAUAUUACUCAAUUAUUUCAAAUUUUAAUUAAAUUGGAUUUAUUGUCAGCAAGCCAAGUUAAUAACUAUUUUGACAACGAGAUAUUAUCAAACUUAGAGUACUUUGGAUCAUCCAGCAAUACCCCACAGUAUUUAGAUUUAAGAAAGCACCAAAAUACUUUUCUCCAGGGAAUAUGGAUACCAUAUGAUAGAGCUGUUAAUUUGGCUUUGAAGUUUGAUGUUUAUGAAAUAACAAAGAAAUUGUUUUUAGUUGAUGUCCAUGAUUUCAACAAAUUGCCUAAAGCGAACAAAAGAUUGUAUGAGGAUGAUGCCAACAGUGAUAGCGAUAUAUUGGACUCUCCUUCCAAGAAACAAAAGUUGGAUAAAAGCUCCAAAAAAGAUUUGCUUUCCAAUGGGAGAGCAGUAAGCCAAAAACUCAUAGCAUCGUCGAUAUCACAGAAUUCAAACUACCCAUUCACAUUGCCGGCUGUAAUCAUCGAUGACAACAAUGCUGAAAUUGCUAAUGACAUCAAAGUCAAGUUAGGAGAUGUGUUUAAACGUGAUGAUGAAAAGCCCGAAGGGAUUUCGUUUGAGGAGGUAAAACUUGCAUUUGCAGACGCUUUGUCAAGGUAUACGUUGGAGACGAUUAUAGACAUUCCGUUGGACCUGAAAGGUCAAACUGCAUUGCAUUUUGCUUCAACUCUAGCAUCUUUGAACUUAGUCUCUGCGUUUAUUGAAUUGGAAUUGAAUUCACCAAUCAGAGGUAACAAUGCAGGUGAGUCUCCAUUAAUCUCCUGCAUUCAGGUAACAAACUCCAUGGAGAAAGGUAACUUCACCAAAAUCCUUAGCAAUUGGUUGUACCCAGACAUCUGGUUGUUAGACAAAAGAAAAAGAACAGUCUUGCACCAUUUGACGUUACAGAUUGAUAAGAACGACAGCUUUAAGUUCUACACCACCAAGAUUUUAGAGUACAUCAUAAGCGAAAACAACCAGAACUUGCUAGAUUUCCGAGCCAACAUACUCAACGCACAGGAUGAAGAUGGCAACACGGCAUUGCAUUUGGCUAUAGAAAAGGAUUCAAAAUGGUUUAUUAAAGUUUUAGUGGAUUUGGGCGCUGACACAUCCAUUUCAAAUAAACGUGGUACAAAGCCCUCUGAUUUUGAAAUAAUCAGGGACUUGGGUUCAGUCGAAAAUGAUGAUCAAAUAUUUGAUUUGAUAUCUACUGGCUUGGAGUUUUUGAAUAAAAGGUUGGAAAUUGGGGGUGAAAAACUACCAGAAGCAGAAAGUCCCAAAGUGGUAACGACCCCCAAGAUGAUAGAUCGGGAAGGAAGUUCAUCGUCCGGUAAAAUAUUCAAUAGCAUUCAGCAAUUGCUUUCCAAUACUAAUGUUGAAUACGAAAACAUUUUGAACUCCAAAAGAGAACAGAUCAAACAAUUAGAUAGAGCUCUUCAUGAUGCCACCAUUGUCACUGCUAACAAUCGUUUCAACACCAAAAAAAUAACUGAAAAGUUGGUGAAUUUGGACAACUUGAAAUUGCAAGUUGCAAAUGUCACAGAUAAGCUAGCUCUAUCAAAGCAAGAGUUGAAUGAGAAAAUAGAUGAGAACAAAGAGUAUGAUGCCGAUGCUCCAUUUAUAAUACCUCAAGUAUUUGACAAAUUAAAAGAGGGCAAAGAACCAGAGCAAGAUUUAAAGGCUGGCGACUAUUUAUUGAAUCAGUUACAGCCAACACCAAUACUAAAAGCUAGAAUACAGGCUUACAGAGAGAUCAACAGAAAAUUAGAGAAAGAAUUGAAAACUUUGGUCGACUAUAGUGACUUGACUUCUAAGUUCAAAAAAGUUGUCAGUAUAUGUACAAAUGUUGGUGUAAACGAAGUUGAUGAAUUUUUAGACGGUUUGUUAGAAGCGGUGGAAGGACAACAGUAA